AUGCGGGCGGUUUCCGGUCGACUGCAAAGAAAGACGUCAAACGAGAAGGUGUGGAGGGCGGUGCCGCUGCCGCAGCUGUUUCACACCUCUCUUGAGACAGGCGACUGGGUGAAGGCGCUCCACGUGUAUCAGCGACACCCGUAUCACGCACCCCCCGUAGACACCUUUGACCUCUUGAAGGCCAUCAUGCAUGCGACGGGUGUACGGGUGGAUGACGUAAAGAGCCGAUUUAAUGAGAAGAUACGGCUGUCUGCCAUUUUACAGAAAAAAGCACCAGACGAGGUUGAGUGGAGUGUUUUCUGGGAGGCUUUGAACAAGGGUGACUCCAAAACGAUUAGUGCCGCUCUGAUGGGCGCCCGGCUUUCAAGCGUAACACAGCAGAUAGCCACAGCCGAGGCUUGUGCUGUGUUGUUGAAGGCAGCUGGAGAAGACUGGGAAACGAAGCUAGUGGACAAUUUUCCAUUCGCGACCGUGACGCGUUGUAAUCUCGUGCAUGUGGCGUUGUCUCAGCAGCGUUGGGACGUUGCGGUGGAGCUUCUUCGCAACGUGCGAGUCAAUCGUAGCGACGUAAUGACCUUGUGGCCGCUGAUUGAAGAGCUGGAUUGGGAAAAGGCGCUUCUUCUUAUCUCGGCGUGUCCAAAAAAUUCAGUGCCGUUCGAUCUUGCGCUGCGCCAUAUUCUUCGCGGCGGAUGUAGCCUGCAGCACCUCGCGGAGCAUUUGGAAAAUGCACGCGUUCUUGGUGAUGCGGACGUUGUGGCGCCGCUACUGGCGCAUGCGGUGGAAAUCGGUGAUUGGGACUUUGUUGCCAGAGGAAUGGACCACCUUGUUGACAUUGGACAGAUUGCGCAGCCGGCGCGCGAGGUGUUUGGACACAUGGGGAAUAUUCAUGGGAUGGAGAAGUUGUGCGCCCGCCUGGAGGAGCAUCGCAUUCCCCUCCAUCACGUCACAGUCGAAAGAUUGGAGAGCCUCCGGUUAUGA